AUGCUCGUCGUCCGGGCCCUGCUCCUGCACGCCGCCCGCGCCGUCGCGCCCGCGGACCCGCGCAUCGUCUACGAAGGCCGCUGGCUCUUCGAAGACGGCGUGGCGACGGCGGACUGGCCCUGUUCUUCCCUCCGCUUCGGCGUCGUCAACGCGAGCCGCUUCAGCGUGACCUGGCGCGGCGCGCGCACCCGCCUGCUGGCGACGGCCUUCGACGCUUCCGGUGCGGUCCUCGAAGAGCAUGUGCUCGUCGGCCCCUCGGUCGAGCUGCCGUUCGCGGCGCCGCAAAAAGACGACGUCGCGCUGCCCGCGCGCGCCGCGCGCGUCGCGCUGCGCAAGCUCACGUCCGCGACGCCCUACUCCGCGGGCGUCGGCAAGGUCCUGCCGUCGGUCGUCGAGCUCCACGGCCUCGACGUGCCGGGCCUCGCGGCCGCGGCGCCGGCGCCGCGCCGCGUGGACUUCGUCGGCGCGUCCGACACGGCCGGCUAUUGCGUCGACGGCACGGUCAACACGUCGUCCGUCGCCGACAAGCUCCUGGGCUGGGAGUACGCCAACUGCGCCUACGGCUACCCCGGCGUCCUGGGCCGGGCGCUGGGCGCGGACGUGUCCGUACAAGCGCUCGCCGGCGCGGGUCUCACGCGAAACGCGAACGCCGCGAGCCCCUGGCAGAUCGGCGAGGCGACGAUGGCGGAGCUCUCCACGCGGUCCCUGCAGACGCGGAACGAGUCCUGGGACGGCGACGCGCCGGACCUCGCCGUCGUGUCGCUCGGCGGCAACGACUUCAACCACCAGGGCGGCGACGUGCCGUCGAACGAAACGUUCGCCGCGGCCUACGCGGCGCUCCUCGACCGCAUCUUCGCCGGUGGGGCGCCGGCCGUGGCCGCGGUCUGUGGCAUGGGCAGCCCGGCCGAGGCCGCGUUCGACCCGGACAACAACCGGUGCAAGCCGUGCCCGCACGUGGAAGCCGCCGUCGGAGCCUACCAAACGGCGAACCCGGCGCGGCGCGCGGCCUACGUCUUCGUGCCCUGCGAUGGCACAGUGGUGACGGACCACGGCGACAUCGGCUGCGACGGCCACAAGAACCGCGCGGGCCAAGCGGAGGUCGCGCGGUUCCUCGAGCCGAAGCUCCGGGAAAUCGCGGGCUGGCUGCGCCGCGUCGCCGCGCUCGUGCUCGCGCGUCUCGUGACGGCGACAGCGCACGACGUGCCCUACGUGAGCGGCGCAUGCGAGGAGUCCGUGCAGCUCGUCAAGCGCGCGCCGCUGCGCGUCGCCAUCGCGACGCUGUGGAUCGACGAGCCGGCGGACGACGGACGCCGGCUCUUGCCGCGCGCGUUCCGACGGGCGGCGCUGGCGCGCAUCUCGGCGUUCCUGUGCGCGGUCCGCGCGGCGACGGAGAUGCCCGUGCUCGUCGGCACGUCGAACGCGGACGUCGAGGCGCAGCGGCGCAUCUGCGACCCGUCGCGGCGCGUCGGCGUGCUGAACCUGACGGCGGUCGACACGAAGGCCGUCUUCCGGCCGGUGUACGCCGUCGACGAGGCGUCGACGCGGAAGAUGUGGUUCAAUCUCACGACGAACCAGGCGCCGCAGGCGCGGACCGACGGCUGGAAGACGCGGUACAAGUUCAUCCUGUUUAAUUGCACCCGCUGGGCGGACCAGUUCGUCUACCUCGACCUGGACGUCGUGCUCCUCGCCGACCCGCACCGCGUCGCGAAGCGCUGGGCGCGGUUCCCGCUCGUCUCGGCCUUCGAGUGCGCGCACCGGGGCUACGUCGGGAUGCACGGCAGCGUCAUCGUCUUUCGGACGGACGCGGCCGUGUCCCGGGCCCUCUUCUCGAAGAGCUUGACGCACGACUACCUCGUCUACACCAACGGCGACCAGGACAUCAUGGACGCCUACUGCUUCGCGCUGACCUACGACGGGCCCGCGGCGCCCGUCUUCCUGUCGGACCCGACGAUGACGGGCCCCGCGGGCGUGCCCCACAUCCACGACGCCUACGCGAAGCGGGAGACGUGCGCGGACUACGCCGUCGAGAUCGGCGUCUCGCGCGCGCCCUGCCAGUGCCUGCGCUCGUCCGCGCCGCCGGUCGCGGCGCGGCGGCGCCUCGACGCGGCGUUCGGCUACUGCCUCCCCUUCGUCCGCGAGGCCUACCCGGGCCUGACGAAGCCCGCGUCGACGAAGCGCUCGAACUUGUCGGCCUCGGAGAGCGUCGUGUUGAAGGGCCAGUGGUGCGCGCCGCGGUGGCGCACCGUGCCGUAG